AACGUGUUGAGGCUGGCAUGGAGAAUUGACAGCUACGCCGAAACUUUUGAUUGCCGAUGGUGUCAGUAGUUGAUAUAGCGGUCUGAGGCCUUUUGCAACAUGGCGUUAGCUCCCGAGAAGCUAACGGAACUAAAGCAAAUCAUUCAUAAUCAUCUUUCCCAGAGAGAUGUACAGAGUCGUAUUAGGGAGACUGUGUCAGAGUUUGUAAGAGAGGAGCAGCCAGGCAGACUGGGGCCUGUGAGGGAGGACGAUUUUAUACAACGUUUGCGUCAGAGAGGGGUCAUUGAUGACAUCAUGAGACAGCUACAGUUUGACGAUGGCCGAGGUGCUCCUAAAGCUGCAACACAUGGCCUUUAUGCUGAUGAAAAACUCACUGUGCCUGCCGUCAACAAAGCCAAUGUGGAUCCCACCCGGCGUUACCUGUACAUGCAGGUGUUGGGAGGAAAGGCCUUCUUAGAUCACCUCCAGGAACCGGAACCUCUUCCAGGCCAAUCUCCCACGACCUUCACACUUCAUAUACAUUUUAGGGGUCAGAGGCUAAGGUCAAGGCCAGUCCCAGUGGCAUGUGAACCUGCCAUUAACGAGGGGUUUUUAUUGGAGCUUCACAAAGAGGCAGCAGGAGAAGCUGCACGGAUGGCUGAUACAACCACCAUGUUGUCCAUCUCUGACCCCAUCCACCUGGUACUAGUGAGAACAAAUGGAUCAGGGGAGACUACUCUUGUCUCUUCUCAUUUCUAUGAGUGGAGACCAGUAUUAGCAUCCAAUAAUGUUCGUGCAACCACUACAGUUGAACUUUUAGGAACUUGCAGUGAGAACAAGGUGCCAGUAGGGAUUCUGGAAAUCCAGGUGGAAUUGUUUCCGAAAACGCAACAGGUGCUAGGAGAAGAUGUGGUACGAACGCAGGUGAAUCUGGAAAAGGGGAGACAAGCGGAGAAAGAACGACUCUUCCUGGUUUAUGCCAAACAGUGGUGGAAGGAAUAUUUACAGAUACGUCCCUCCCAUCAAGACAGGCUGGUGAAGAUAUUUGCCCAGGAUGAGAAUGCCACGAACAGACCAGUGUGUUCUUUCGUGAAGCCUCUGCGGGCCGGUCGGCUUCUGGAUACCCCGCGUCAGGCCGCUCGCUUUGUUAACCUGAUAGAGCAUGAGAGGGUGCAGGCUGUAGGCGGAGGGGAGACCCGGGAGCAGUGGACCACCAUGCACGCCUUCCUGUGUCGCAGCAAAGGGGGCUGUGAAGAUCACGCCUUGUUACUGUGCAGCCUGUUACUGGGGUUUGGCCUGGAGGCUUACGUGUGUGUGGGCACCAAGUCAAAGUCCUCCGUCCAUACCUGGGUGAUGACCAUCAGCUCGGACGGACUAGUCACAUUCUGGGAGAGCCUCACUGGACACAGAUAUAUCCACAAUCCUAUUGAUCCUGAUGAGGCUCCCAUGGGUAAACAACAUCAACCGAAACAUCCAUACAGAACCAUAGGCUGUGUAUUCAAUCACCAAAACUUCUAUGCUAACUGUCAGCCAUCUAAUGCUGUAGAGGUGUGUGAGUUUGAGCUGGAGGAUCAGGCUCGCUGGAAGGCCAUGUCCCAGGAUGCAGUUCUAUCCGUGUGUGGUCCCGGCGCCGUGCCUCAUUGGCCGGCCUUCCCUUCCCUGUGCGUGUCUCGGCUGGAUGCAGCAUUGGUCAGCAAUGACUUGGAACAGCAGCUCAGGGUUCUGGUGACCUCCCAUAGACAGGACAUAGACUUGUCUACAGCCUGGGAUGAUCAGUUAAGUUACCUGUUAACACCUGCGCUUUCAGCCUACGAGAUGGAGAGAGUGACAGGUGUGGCUGCAGGUAAUGAGGAGUUCCAGGAUUCCAUCCGACGAGCCGUACCUGAUGGUCACACCUUUAAGGGCUAUCCUAUACAGUUCAGCCACAGGAAUGCCAGGAGAGCCUUUGCUGCGUGUCUCAGGUCACCUGUGUGUGAAGAAAUCUUGAACUGCCGAGGUGAUCACGUCCGUUUGGCUGUCCGUGUGCGUGUUUUCACAUACCCAGAAUCUGUCUGUGCUACAUGGGUGAUGUUUGCGUGCAAGUUCAAAUCUGUCUUAUGACAGGAUCAUUAUGCUAGGAGCGAUUCAAGACAAAUAUCUGGACCAACCCCUACAAGGCUUGUGUCCAGCAGAGAGAGAAAACAGUCUUAAGGUGACUGUAGGUAUAUGACCUGAGUAGAAGUGCUAAGACAGGUUCUCUGAUGGAAUGUGAUCAUAAGGUGCGCUCUGCUAGUGAAACAGACAAUGCUGACAGUGUUAAAAUUACAGUACUUUGUAUGGCCUUAUAUGCACAAGGGACAUAACUCUAAUGUCUCAGACUGAUGCUGGGAAGAUGCCAGUUCCGUUUGACCACCAUUUCCAAGGGAAUGAUAUGAAGCUUAUGUGAGAUGAUUAGAAUUUUGUUCACGCAAGUGAAGGCACAGGUGUGGUUUAUUCUUGAAGAUAUUUGGAAAUAUUUUUCAAAGACAAUUGAUUACAACAGACCUUCUGUUCUGUAAAGAUAGAAACAUAGGUACGUGUACACGUGUGUAGUACGUGUGAACACACCUGACAAGAUGGCAGGUAUUCUGGCAGAACAAAGGAUUAAUCUGUUACAAUCAUUACUAAAGGCCAAUAACAUUACUAAAGGCUGAUAACGUUACUAAACGCCGGUAACCUAUGUCUUGUAAUGAAGGUCAGGUGAUGUAAGACUGGUAAUUUAAGUUUACCCACUUGAGAAAUGUCUGAAGAUUGGACUCUACUCAGUAUUUAACAAGCUUAAGUUCAGAAUACUUCACAAUGCAGAAUUCUCUCCAGCAUUUGAGGAAAAUGUCUUCUUUUGAAAUUGGAAGUUUUGAUCUGGAGAAAAAGAUGCUUUUAACUGAAGUAUUUCAUUUAGAUUUCUUCAGGUGUGGAAUUUCACAUUAUAAUGCAAACAGUUGGGUGCAAACUGUAAAAUGGUUCCUCAUUUGAGUGGUUACUUUUCUGCUUUUGGGCAAUUUUAAAUGGAAGAACGUCCUGUUACAGGCCUAAAAUAGGGGAAGGGAGAUCCUCAAAAUGGCAGAUUGACGAAGACUAAUGCGUAAUUUGUUCUUAAUUUCCAGCUUAUUUAAUUUUUUUUAUGCACACAGCCCCAAAAAUCAUCAUGUAAAUUUUACAUGCACUUUGUUCUGUUGGUAUAAAUUUUAGGUACUGUAGAAUAGUGUACUGAUGCUUGAAAUCUAUAGACACAUAUCAAUAUAUAUUUGUAGUAAAUGUUUAACUUCUUUAUUGAGUUGUUGAUAUUGAGAUACUCAGUAUGCUCUGCUCAAAAGGAGCAACCUUAAAUCGUCAGCCUUUUCAUAUCUAUGGAAGGUGUUCGUGUUGUGAUACUUUGACAGUUUUGUUCUGAAUACAGCACAUUCCUUGAAGCUGCCAACCCACCCUAUGUCAUUUUGCUCCAUAAUCAAUUAUUAAGGGGUACAAUUGCAGUUAGUAGACGAAAUAUUUGAUGAUGUGGGGUGAUGGCUGCCCUACCCCAUCCUGUUACUCGGGUCUCCAAAAAGUGGGGUGGGGAAUCAUCUGAAACCUACUAGUGCAUUCAUAUCUUUAAAUAUUGAACGGAAUUGUAACUGAAGAACUUCUGGAAUAUAUUGGACAGAAACUUUUUUUUUUGUUGACGAGGUUAUUCUAUUAAUAACAAAAUCUAAAUCCUCUAUUGAAACAAGUCCAUGCCUGUAGUAAACAGAACCAUCUGAAGACAGCCAUUUCUCGGUUCAUGUGUUCUUUUUUAUUACACCCAUUUCCAGUAUUUGCUGACUGCUUCCUGUUUGUGGGUCAAACCAUAUAAUGGUUUCCCCAGAACGUAAAAAAAAUCCAGCCAUUACACUGGGCAGUAUUUACACUCUAAGUGUCUGACAGUGGCUUACUGUAUAUUAUCCCAGAACUUUAACUGGUGUUUCUAGUUUGUUAAAUGAUUGGUUGGAAAUUUUAAAUAUCAUCCUUAAGCUGCACACACUAGGCUGAUUUUUUUCACUUGUAGGGACGAACUUCUGGGUCGGAAAAAUAUGCUGCCGACAUUCGCAGCAUAGUUACAGACACACUGGGCAGAUAUUUCCGUUGACUGUGGUCAGUAUGUUGUCAUGUGAUUAGUAAAUUGUGACACAAGCAAAAUGUCACAGAUCAACGCAGUUCUGUGUUGUUUGCUUGGUCAGCUUGGUUACAUGGACAGAGUGAAAUCGCCAGCAAAUUUUUUUCGCUCGGUAUCUGACAAGUUUGAUGCAAGCAACUUUAGGAGCGGAAAAAAUUGCAAGUGAAACACACUAUCACGUCCCCAACACAUGCGCAUUAUUAAAAAUGGACAUAAUACACCUGUACAAGUGAAACACACUAUCACGUCCCAACACAUGCGCAUUAUCAAAAAUGGGACAUAAUACACCUGUACAAGUGAAACACACUAUCACGUCCCAACACAUGUGCAUUAUUAAAAAUUGACAUAAUACACCCAUACAAGUGAAACGCACUAUCACGUCCCAACACAUGCGCAUUAUUCAAAAGUGACAUAAUACACCUGUACAAGUGAAACACACUAUCACGUCCCAACACAUGCGCAUUAUUAAAAAUUGACAUAAUACACCUGUACAAGUGAAACACACUAUCACGUCCCAACACAUGCGCAUUAUUAAAAAUUGACAUAAUACACCUGUACAAGUGAAACACACUAUCACGUCCCAACACAUGCGCAUUAUUAAAAAUUGACAUAAUACACCUGUACAAGUGAAACACACUUAUCACGUCCCAACACAUGCGCAUUAUUAAAAAUUGACAUAAUACACCUGUACAAGUGGAAAUCUGUGUAGUGUGUCCCCCAGCCUUACCUUAGGCAUGAAUUCAUGUGAUACAUUGCAUAGUUAUAUUAAUUAGAUGUAUUUUUUUGCAUCCUUGAAACUGGGAACUUCAGGAAAAUGUUUGUAAUGAAAUUAUGCUGGCAUGGACGUGAAAGUGUAUAUUCUGAGUAUUGUUCAUUGCUGAUGGAAUAUAGGAGAGCAGCAUUAUUUGUGAAAGUACGUGUAACUGAACAUCAUGACAUUUUAUGAGAACGGGUUGAAACGUGUAGAAAUCCAGAAUGCAAGCCUGUAGUAUUGUGCAUUUUGUAGAAAACUCCUCUUGUGGUAACUUCAGUAAGAGGAACUAUAUAAAUUCCUUUUCUAGACAGACUGAUAGUUGGAUUGUAUUAUGUCCAUUGUGUAAUGUUUAAGUAGGCCUACAUGUGGCAAGAGGAGAUAAUUCAUAAUCAUGUGGUACAACUGAUACAUAAGCAUUGUAUUAAGUGGAAAUGAUUUUGCCUGUA